UGAUAGCAGUGGAUAUUUUGAGUGCUCUCAGAAAAUCUGUUUUCUGAGAUUAACAUACUUUGUAGCAGACUUUUGAAUAUUUUAAAAGAACAAUCCAUUUUGGUGUCUGAAACAUGAAGCUCAAGGCACCAGAAACCUUUGAAGAUGUUGCUGUUGGCUUUUCAGAAGAAGAAUGGAAGAUGCUGAGCAAAGAGGACAAAACAUUGCACAGAGAGGUGAUGGUGGAAAACUAUGAACACAUGGUUUCACUAGGGUAUAAGAUCCCAUUGGAGCAGCUAUUGCUGUUGGUUAUAAAUCCUGGUGAUCUUCAGUUUAAUGCUGUGAAAGAAAAUGUGACCAGGUUUGAAAUGGAUCUUCCUGAAGUCACUCCCACCAUCAACAGGUGGCAGAAUCAGCAUGAGAUUCAAGGUCAACAAUCAACACUUCAAACUUAUCUAAACUCAAUAUAUGAUGUGAACUCUGCAGAUAAGAAACAAAUACACACUGAAGAGAAGCCAUAUAAGGAUGACCUGUGUAAUAGUACUGUUGCAUUUCAAUCUGCCCUUAAAAUAUACCAGAGAACCCACCAUGGAAAGGAAGUCUACAUUCGUUCUACAGAUAAGAAUUUUACACAGAAGAGUAACAUGUCAGCAAGUGAGAAAAUGGAUACUGGAGAAGAUAAUCACUCUAAAUAUGCUACAUGCAACAGGACUUUUACACAGAAGAAAACACUUGCAAAAGAACAGAAAAUACAGACUGCAAAGAAGCCUUAUAAAUGUAACAUUUGUGACAUAAGAUUUGCAAGGAAGGGUAACCUCAAUGUGCAUGAAAGAGAACACUCUAAAAAGAAGUCGUAUAAAUGUCUCAUUUGUGAGAAGAGCUUUACACAGAAAAGUACUCUUACCAUGCAUGAGAAAAUACACACUGGAGAGAAACCAUAUAAAUGUAUGACGUGGAAAGUGUUUUAUACAGAAUAGUAAUCUUCUGGCCCACACAAAACAAAGAGAAGCCAUAUAAAUGCUCCGUAUGUGAGAAGAGUUUUACACAGAAAAUUUACUUUUUAUUUCAUGAGAAGUUACACACUGAAGAAAAGCCAUAUAAAUGUGUAAUAUGUGACAAGGCUUUUAAGUUGAAGGUUUGCCUUUCAGUACACAAGAAGAUACACAUUGGAGAGAAGCCGUAUAAAUGUGCCACAUGUGGCAAAUGUUUUAUAUGGAAGGAUGGUCUCACAAAGCAUGAAAAAAUACACACUGGAGAAAAGCCCUAUGUGUGUAACAUAUGCGACAAGAGUUUUAUAUGGAAGGAUGUCCUGGCAACACAUGAGAAAAAACAUAUUGGAGAAAAUAAAACAAGAAAGAAGCCAUAUAAAUGUGCAACAUGUAACAAGGGUUUUUCACAGAAAGCUUAUCUUUCACUACAUGAAAAAAUACAUAGUGGAGAGAAAUCAUAUAACUGUCCCAUAUGUAGCAAGAGUUUUUUAUGGAAGGCUGGGCUUACAACACAUGAGAAAAUACAUACCGGAGAGAGGCCAUAUGUGUGUGCCACAUGUAACAAGAGUUUUAUAUGGAAGGCUGCUCUCACAAGACAUGAAAAAAUACAUGCUACACAGAAGCCAUUUAAGUGUGACAAUGCAACAAGAGUUUUAUAAGGAAGGAUGUCCUUGUAGAACAUGAGAAAAAACAACACUCUCGGUAAUCAUUAAAGAUUGAUGAAAUACUAAUUUAACUGUACCCUGAUCCAGGUCCAAUACUGUCAUGCAAUUAGAAACUCUAAAAAACAAACAUGACACAUAAACGUGCCAUGUAUGGUAAGGUUUUUAAGAUACAAGUAAGUAUUUCAGUGUAUAAGAAGACACACAUUAGAAGUGCUAUGGUUUUACACUGCUGUCUGUGCAUAAAUGAAUACAUAGAAAAGAAAAUCAUUUGAAUGUGCUACAUGUAACCAGUGCUUCAACUAAAAAGUUUACUCUCAGUGCAAAGGAAAAUGCACAUUUACCCGGAAGAUUUGGAGAAAUUAAACAAAGGAAAAUCCCACUGAUGUGUCACAGGUAAUAUGAUUUUUUUACCUGAGAGGCAGGCAAUGCACUAAAAAGAAUCCUCAUUGAUGUUCCAGUGUGAUAAAAUGUUUGCAAAUAAAAUGUAAUCCUUCAAAAGAGAAAAAGUCUACAAUAAUGUAAAGGUUUGGAACCAUAUGUAAGAAUGAAAUCCAGUCAGA